GGAACAUAAAAAGUUCUCUUUUAAUUGCCUCUCACUCCCUUUACCAAAUAAACUAAUCACAGAGGAUAAAAUGACAAAAAAAAAGAGCCAUUUUUUUAGUCCUUUACUGCCACACCUUUCGGAUCUGAGCAAAACUUGAGAUUUUGACCAAACCCAAUUUCCUCUGUUUUUUAGUUUUUUUUCUUCUUCUUCUUCUUCUUCUUCUCUCUCUCUCUCUCUCUCUCUCUCUCUCUCUCUCUCAGAGGAGAUAGAGAAGAAAAAAAACAAAGCUUCUGUUGAAUGGCAGAAGCAUCAGCAGAGAAAGAUACGGCAUACCAAACCCAGGAUCCUACUUUUUCCUUUCCUUUACCCCCUCUCCUCCCCUUCACGCAUUAUUAUACACAUCCAUAGUUACUUCACCUGGGUUUUUAUCUCUCGCUCAGAAUAGGCAAAAAAGAGAGCAUUUAUUGGUGAAUGAAGGGGAGGAGACCCAUUUCGCAGUUUACAGGGAUUUUGUACUCUGAACUCAGUUUUACUGUAGGAACAGGGGAGGUUCUGAGAAUUUGAAACCUUAAGCGUGGCUCACUGUGUACCUCAUUUCCGAGGAGGCAAUAGCGCCAAAAGGGCCGAGAGAGAGAGAGAGAGAGAGAGAGAGAGAGAGAGAGAGGUGGAGUUAUCUCUCAUACAAUUCAUGCUUAGGUGAAUUGGUGAGAGUUCAACAAAAUGGGCCGAGCGAUGAGGUGGAUGCGGAGAAUUUUGGGUGGUGGGGCAAAGAAAGAGGCUACGGAUGAUGAUGGUGAUCAAAUGCGUGUGAGUGGCCGAGAGUGGAGGGAGAAGAGGAGGUGGAGCUUCGUGAAGCCGCGGCGGAGCUCCGUCGACGAGGUUCGCCGCAGCUCCGCUUCGUUCGCGGCGGCGGCGGCGGCGGCGGCAUCGGCAUCGGCAUCGGCGGCGAGGGUUACUCCGGCGAGCUCGGUCGAAAUUGCGGUGGCGAAUCGCGGAAACCGCAAGGCCCGAGCGGCGAUUGUGAUCCAAAAAGUGUUCAGAGGCUACUUGGCGAGAAAAGCUCUCCGUGCUCUCAAAGCUCUCGUGAAGAUCCAAGCGCUCGUACGCGGCUACCUCGUACGGAAACAAACCACCACCACUCUCCACAGAUUACAAGCUCUUGUGCGGCUCCAAGUCUCGGUUCAUUCCCAUAAAUCCCGCGCCCUCCGUGCGGACGUCCGCAGAAUCCACCCGCGCGUCUCCUCGCGAAAAUCCUUCUUGGGGGCGAGCCACGAGAGCCCAACGUCGAGCUGGGACCGGAGCCCGAAGAUCGUCGAGGUGGACACGUGUCAACCCCUGAGGUCACGAUCCGCACGGAUGACGUAUACCUGGGCGGUGAACUCACCGGACACGCCGCGCGCCGUGGCCGCAUCCUCGCCGCUCCUCCCUGUGAAGCCUCUCUCCGUCGUAACUCGCCGCGGCGACGGCGGCGGAGGAUACGGCGACCGCCGCUGCCUCCGCGCCAACCGAACGGCGCAGAACACACCGCGGCACGUGGGAGGCACGUGCGAGUCUACGGCAAUCACUCCCGUACUUCUGCGGCGGUAUUCCCAUUGGGGCCCCGGUCCUCACCCGAGCUACAUGUCGGACACGUGCUCGUCCGUGGCGCGGUCGCGGAGCGCGCCGAAGCAGCGCCCCGACUCGGUCCACCGGAUCCCGAGUUCGGGUCCGGAUCCGGUUUCGGAUUCAGGUUCGGGUUCGAGCACGAACCGCAAGUCGUGCUCGCACGGCCGAGAUGGGUGUAGCAGUGACUAUAAAAGUGCCGAGGGAGGGUCUUAUAAGUUAAUCAGCACCGAAUUAUUAGCUAGGGAUUAUUACUUGGAUAGGAUGUGGUAAAUUUAUAAUUUGGAAUUAUGUAGGGCGUUUUGAGAGAUUUUGUACACGUAGACGUAGUGUUCUAUUUAAUUUAACGGUGCAUCUUAGUAGUAUUUUAUAUUCUAAAUCAACGCCCUUGAGAUUUGACUUGAAUACGCUUCGGAGAGAGAAGGGUCUAAAAUGCCUUGUAAAUAAGAUUAGUGUAGCAUCUUCUAAAGAGUAUUUAAUAUUGUUUAAGAUUUAUAUAUGAUUUCGCAGCGAAGAUGACGUGGCGAAGGCAUGUUCUGGGUCAAUUUAUAUGUACGAAUUUAGAGGGAAAUUUAUUAUUGAUGGGAAAUUUGAC